AUCUACGUCAUGCUGGGUAUAAACAUGCAGCUCUCGAGAGGAGAAAACACUACUCUGAUCACCACUGGCUUAGAGUAGCAUGGCAAUAAUGAACAGUGCAGGGAGACCGCAGUUGGGACAGUGGCUCCUCGAGCAAGUGCAGUCCGGACGGUAUGGUGGACUUUACAUGCUCGACAGGGACACAUUCCGCAUCCCGUGGAAACACAACUCGAGGAAAGACUGUGGAGACGAGGACAACCGAAUAUUCCGAGAAUGGGCUGUGGUUAGUGGUAAGAUCAAUGAGUAUCCCAAUGACAAGGCAAAGUGGAAGACCAACUUCCGCUGUGCCCUCAACGGCCUUACACAGUUCAAGAUGAUCCAUGACAACUCCAAGGACUUGGAGAAUCCCCAUAAAAUCUACCGUAUCGUCCGUCCUGAAAAACAUCAGCAGUGCUCAAAUUCAAAUCCUCAGCAGUGCUCAAACAUUCAAAUUAAAGCAAUGUACAGCUCCACAAACAGCCAAUGUGAAGAAAUGGAGUAUGAUUUGCCAAACCAUAUGGAUACCUUGCAUCUAAAUCAACAGCCCACAGAAAUACAAUAUUGGCAACCCUAUCAACAACCUAUCCAAAACCUAGCAGGUCACACCAACUAUGGUGUUCCCCAAAUGCCAGUUGUACCAGUACCGCAGCAUUGCCUUCCGAAUAACAUGCCUGCUUCAGCACCAAUUUUAGCACAGCUACCCUACAAUACAGUGCACCAGUCUUUAAUCAUGCAUUCUAUCAACGACCUGGAGAUCUCCAUUCACUACAGGAGAACGGAGAUGCUGAAGGUGCAGUGUGUAGGUCCACGCAUUCAGCUCCACUCACAGUGUGAUCAAUCAGAGCUCAGGGGCGUGUCCGUGCCCUUCCCCAGCACAGAGGAGCUCAUUGACCACAAACAGAUCCAGUACACUAAGCGUCUCCUGGACAACAUCAAAAGAGGUCUUCUCCUAGAGGUCUUCCCCUCAGGUAUCUACGGCUUCCGCCAGGACAAGUGCAAUGUGUUCAUCAGCACCUGCGAUCCAGCCGAGAUCCAGAACCCAGAGCCCAGAAAGCUGCUGCAGAACCAGAAUGAACUGCUGUUCAGCUUCGACAAGUACAAGAAAGAUCUCAUGGACUUCAAAGAGAAUAAACGUGGCUCUCCUGAGUACACCAUCUAUUUGUGCUUUGGGGAGAAGUUUCCAGAUGGAAAGCCACUGGAGAGGAAGCUGAUCGUUGUGAAGGUCGUGCCUCUGAUUUGUCGCGAGUUGCAUAAGGCAGCACAGCUGGAGGGAGCGUCGUCUUUGCAAAAUGACAACAUCAGCCUGCAGCUCUCCCACAACAGCCUGUUUGAACUGAUUGAAGCCACUUUCUCACCACCUCCUGCUGUAUAGUUUUUUGUUUAUUUUUUUUCUUCAUCCUGACACUGCUUGCUGCUCUCUACAUUCUGACUGAUGAGCACAGUUUUAACCACAAUACUGGUUUCACAUGUCCUCGGUCAUGUAGCAUUCCUUGGUUGCAGGAAUGCAGAAUGACUGCACAAAACAUACCUGUUACACUGCCAAAAUGAAACUGGUAUCCCAAACUCUAGCAGUUGGUUUGUUAAAUGUGUUUACCUAUUUUGUUCAAUAUAAAAUAACUUCAGCCUAAAAUAUUCAACUGGAAGUAAUUAAAAUUUAAUGUAUAGUCCCUUUCUUUUCUCUUUCUUUUAAGAAACUGUCUGCUUUGCUUUCUUUUGCUAUCAAUCACAACCUUGUUUAUGUCUUUAGUGAAGAAUUGUCCUGGCUCUGCCAGCGCUACACUUUUAAAGUUUUCUCAUCUAUUACUUGAAAGAUUAUUUCUACUAUAGUUUGUCAUAUGGACAGUAAAAUCAAUUUAUGCUGUGCUAGCAAAUAUGUUUUGAGAAUCUUUGAGAGACACUUGUGUGACAAUUAACAUGUGGGGGGGGAGAAAUGAAAUUUUUGUUUUCACUUUUAUUAAAUAAAUUGUUAAAGAAAUGCAUUUACA